CCUAGUUCCAAACAAUGCGUUCGGUGACUUCAUAGCUUUUCGAAGAUUCUGCAGAAGUUUCUUAUCUUGGCACCAAAGGAAAAUGCAGUGCUGCUAUCUAUUCCAUCUGUACGCGCUAUGCUUAGUCAUGUUCAGAGGAUACGAUCCCGAGUCGAAUGAAAAGCUUCCCCAAACUAGCCAACCGAGCUCGUACGCCGCACAAAUAUUUCGAACCCUCAUCAGCUAUGACAAUAGCUCUGAUGACAACGAAGAGCCGAGUGAGUUCAGUGAUGGGCGCUUCAAUUCUUUAGAGACAGCCUUCAGAGAUUGCACGAACGACAACGUGAACAAGGAGUGGGACACGCAUGCUAGGAUGUUUUGUACUGACCAAAGCCUAGAGUGGUUAGCGAGGAGGUUCGUCAAAAUCGCCUGGAAGCUUUUCGUGAAGCGUAGCCUCUUCUUGACGUGUAGUGGACUCGUCGGCAUCGGACCCAUUGGCACAGCACCUGGACAUGAGAUCUGUAUUCUCGAUCAAUGUCCCCAACCUAUCAUCCUGAGGAAGUGCCGCGAGGACCUUUGGGAACAUAUGGGUACCUCUUGA